AUGGCUACGACUGGAGGCGAUGGGGGUCACAACAACCCUGCUCUUGACCCGGAUUUGGAUCACCCGGAUAGUCCGGAUCACGAGUUCGCCGAGUUCGGAUCGGGUUGUUUCUGGGGCGCCGAGUUAGCCUUUCAGCGAAUUGUGGGAGUGGUGAAAACCGAGGUUGGAUAUACUCAGGGUCACACCCCGGAUCCAGAUUACAAACUCGUUUGCACCGGAACCACUAACCACGUUGAAGUUGUUCGGGUUCAGUUUGACCCGAAGGUUUGCCCCUAUUUGGAUCUGCUUGCCCUCUUUUGGUCUCGACAUGACCCAACAUCAAUUAACCGCCAGGGAAAUGAUGUGGGUGCACAGUAUAGAUCAGGAAUAUACUACUACAACGAAACCCAGGCUCGUGUAGCCCAGGAAUCGAAAGAAGCAAAACAGUUGGAGUUGAAGGAUAAGAUUGUGACAGAAAUACUUCCAGCUAAGAGGUUUUACAAAGCAGAGGAAUACCAUCGACAGUAUCUGGAGAAGGGUGGAGGAAAAGGUGAAUGCAACAAACAGUCAGCCGAGAAAGGUUGCACUGAUCCCAUCAGGUGCUAUGGGUGA